AGCUGCUUGACUCUCAUAUGCUUUGGGCCGACUCUGUGUGUGUCUGUGUGUAUGUCAAGUUUGUUUUAUGUCUAACCUGCUGUUUCUCUACCCAGCCUUCUAUGCCACAGCCAGCUUUUGGGAUGAGUCUGGAUCUGCCACCAUGAAGUUCUCAGGCUUCCUGCACCUCGACCAGGUCGAUGACCAGGAGAUUUUCUACACCCCUGAGAUGGAGGACCCCAAGUCUGAGCUGUUUGGAGAGACAGCACGCAGCAUAGAGAGCGCCCUCAAUGAGAUGUUCAGGAAGUCACAGGUGCACAAGGACUUCAUGGGAGUUCGAGUACGUCAACUGGCUCCAAGCGGCUCCAUUAUGGCAUUCGUCGAGGCCCAUUUCCGACCAGAUACGAGAUACAAUGUGGAGGACAUCGAGGGAGCGCUGCUGAAACAGCUGAAGGCUUCCAAAGACACCAGCAUCUCUGUAAAGAAGCCAACGGCAGAGAAUAUUCGCUUCACUAAUUAUGGUCUGUCCACCAUCCCACUGUUUACCACCACCACCACCGCUGCCGCCACUGCUGCUGCUGCUGCCAUCACCACAGCCUCCCCUGUCCCCACAUCCAGGCCUCAUUCCCCCUACUUCACACGCCGCCCACCGGGAACCACCCGCAGGCCCACCAGCUCCAGACGGACCACCACCACGCAGGCUCCGCCCACAAAAAUGCUGCGUAGCACCUCAGCGCCACUCGCUACGACCGGGCGGCCAAAAACCCAGAAGCCCUGUGACUCCAACCCAUGCCUCAACGGGGGAACCUGCGAGAACGACGGCGACGACUUCAGCUGCAAGUGCCUGGCUGGACGAGGAGGGGCAGUGUGUGAGAAACCCAUCAGGUACUUCAUCCCAUCAUUUGGUGGCCAGUCUUUCCUGGCCUUCCCGACGAUGAGCGCGUACCACACAGUCCGCAUCGCUAUGGAGUUCAGAGCAUCUGAGAUGAACGGCCUGCUGCUCUACAACGGCCAAAUGAAGAAGAAAGACUUCAUCUCUCUGGCUCUGGUCAACAGCAGGGUGGAGCUCAAGUUCAACACUGGCUCAGGAACAGGCACCGUGAUCAGCGAAGUCCAGAUCAGCCAGGGUCGCUGGCACCAGCUGGUGGUGACACGCAGCCGGCGGAUCGGCAUGCUCAGCGUGGACGGCGAGCCGCACGUCCAAGGCGAAAGUCCCCAUGGGACAGACGGCCUCAACCUGGACACCUCGCUGUUUAUCGGAGGGGUGACGGAUGACCUCAAGCAAGACGUCAGGGAGCGGACCGGGGUCACCGCAGGGCUGGUGGGCUGUAUCCGCAUGCUGGACGUCAACAACCGCAUGCUCAACAUCCAGGAGGCCAACGGAGACAGUCUGUUCGGCGUGGGUGUGGGCGAGUGUGGGAACAACCCCUGCCAGCCGAACCCCUGCAAGAACGGAGCUGAGUGCCAGGUCAAGGAGGCUGAGAUGUUCCACUGCAAGUGCAGCAAUGCAUUCUGGGGUCCAACGUGUGCUGACCUCCAUGACCCCUGCAAACACAGCAAGUGCCACCGGACAUCGCAGUGCAAGGCGCUGCCUGAAGGGGGCUAUAAAUGCGAGUGUCCCAUGGGGCGAGAAGGAAAGCACUGUGAGAGAGUGGCUGAGCGGAGAGGCGUUUACAUGCCUCUUUUCAGUGGCGACUCGUACCUGGAGCUCAAGGGGCUUCAUCUCUACGGGCAUGAUCUACGUCAAAAGUUCAGCAUGAUGCUGGUUCUCAUGGCCAAUGACUCCAACGGUCUGAUCUUCUACAACGGACAGAAGUCUGAUGGAAAGGGAGACUUCGUCUCUCUGUCCCUGAGCAAUGGCUACUUAGAGUUUCGCUACGAUCUGGGAAAGGGACCGGCUAUUAUCAGGAGUAGGGACCAGAUGCAGCUGAAGGUGUGGAACACCAUCAAGCUGGAGCGUUCCCUCCGUAAAGGCGAGAUCCGGUUGAACGAAAAAGCAACUUCAGGAGAGUCACCAAAAUCACGCAAGAAGCCGUACAUGCCACAAAGCGGUGGAGAGAAGAUGCUCUUGAAGAGCACAAACAAGCACACAGAUCUCAACCUGAAAGAGUCGCUGUUCAUCGGCGGCGCUCCUGAUUACAGCAAACUAGCAAGAGUUGCUGCACUCACAGAGGGAUUCAAGGGAACUAUCCAGAAGAUCAUGCUGAUGAGCACACCCAUCCUGCGGGAGGAGAACGCCCUGAACUCCAGCAACGUGGCCAUGUUUCACCGCCACCCGUGUUUCCAGGAGCCCUGCCAGAACGGCGGCCGCUGCCACCCUGAGCUGGACGGCUACGACUGCUCCUGUCCCAGCGGCUUCUCAGGGGACAUGUGUCAGAACGCUAUCCACGAGAAGUCGGCCGGAGAGACGGAGGCCAUCGCCUUUGACGGACGGACCUUCAUCGAGUACCACAAUGCCGUGACUAGAAGCCAACUGACCAAUGAGAUCCCAGAUCCCAAAUCUCUGGAGAACCCGUCAGACCAGAGUGAAAAGGCUCUGCUGGUCAACAAGUUUGAGCUGAGCGUGCGGACCGAGGCCACGCAGGGUCUGCUGCUGUGGAGCGGGAAGGGCGUGGAGCGCUCCGACUACAUUGCGCUGGCCAUUGUGGAUGGCCGGGUCCAGAUGACCUAUGACCUGGGCUCCAAGGCCGUGGUGCUGAGCUCAUCGGUGCGUGUCGACACCAACCGCUGGAUACGCAUCAAAGCCAGCAGGUAAGAAAAACGGAAUCAGCAGCAGAAGCUUUCUUUCUCUCUUUCUUUCUUCCUGGUUCAGUUAAAGGAGGAUUAGACUGAAUCCGUAUGUCUUUGUGUUGCUGCUCACCGUGUGAUAUCUCGCCUGAAUCCCCCGCUUAUUUCUGAGUUGAUGACUCUGAUUAGUUUCAGAUUAAGGCUGCUUUCAUGCCUGGUCACACCCACGUUUGAAGCUUUACACAACAGACAGGCGAGGUGUGGAAGUUGCAGCUUAGACACGGUGAUCAGUGUUCAGACGGAGAACCGCUGCCGCAGCCCAACAUGUCUGCCACUCUCUGGAAGCUGCAGAACAAGAUUCAUGAGAAAUAACUGUUGGAUGUGAAAUAACAGACAGGGAUGUGAAAGUGUUGGAACCACAAUAACUUUUCUACAU